AUUGAAAUAUCGGCUUUAUUUCUAUCGUCGUUGAUUUUGUAUAAUAAAUCUUAUGUGAAUACUUCUGCAAAGUGAAUGUAAUAGCACAGGAAUGCUGUCAACUUUAUUGGCAUCCAAGUAAAGUAAUAACGUGUACUCGAAGAGGUUAUUAUUAACGACUGUAAAAUAGAUGUAUGCCAGGGGAGUCAAUAUAAUGGUCAUCCAAAGUGAAGACCACGUAGCAUAAAAUGAAAGUAUUCAAGUUAAGUAUUGCUACCUUUAAAAAUGUAUUACUAAAGUAAUUGAAUACUCCCCACUGAAGUAGCAGUAACGGUACAACCUCUAUGGGUACAACCUGAAAUGUCCCUACGGAGAACUUUAUUUUGAAAAGCUGACCAGAUAUGGUUUUAUUUCAGAGGGACUUGACAAUGGUGGAGCCCGGGGCAGAGCCACUGAGGAGGAGGACUCGAGCUAUGAAUACUUUCCAAAGACGAUGUGGAGUUAAAAAACAACACAACAAUUGAGGAUAUUCUUCUUUAAAGCGACGUAAAGCUAUUUUUACUUUGUUUUUUCCCGCUUUUGCUGCACAUUUUAAGCGGAGAAGUUGUUGUUUUUGUGUUUUUUUUCCAUUCCUGAGUAAUUUCCUUUGGGAAAAGAAGAGAGAGGGAAAGUGUAUCGCUUUUGUUUGGAUUUAUGUAACGAAAAAAAACUUGGAAGUUAAAGUGUGGGUUUAAGAGAAAUCUGGCUUUGUUCCCUGACGUUAGUGCGGAUAACCUGGGAGUACUCCUGCCGCCCUCCGUGGAAAAGACACCCGGACCCACGCUAUGUGCAACAAAGAAACCCUCUCAACUACUGCACAAGUUAUUUAGUAACCAGCGAGCACACUCCGCUUAAAAUACACGGAUUCGCACAGUUCCAGGAAAUGGGAAUAACACCGGGAUGGAAGAGGAAUUAUAAAUGAGUCUUGUGGAAAAACAAAGAAGGAUACAGAGAGAGAAAUGGAGGAGGAAGGCUGUCUGGAGCCAAACAAGAUACUCUCUGUUUUAUCUUAACAAAGCUCAGCUCCGCGUUUAGCAGCGAAACAUUUCCUGUGCCCAUGCUGCGGUGGUUCUCUGUGUGAACAUGAAGGUGGAUGUAUUGCGGUUGUUUGUGAUUUUGCUGCUCGGUGGAGGCUGUGGAGGUUCGGCGGUAUCAUCUGAUUGCAAACCAUAUGAAGAGCGCUCCAAAAGCGGGGGGAAGAGCCUGCCGUUCGACCGGAAAGUGGUGUGCAGCAACAUGGAGCUCCAUCAGGUGCUCCCCCCGGACUCCUUCCCCAACAGGACCGUCACCCUAAUUCUGAACAACAACAAGAUUCAAGAACUCCGAAAUGGAUCCUUCUUUGGAUUGUCUACAUUGGAGAAAUUGUAAUGUAACUGUCAUCUUGUGUUUAUGCUGAAAAGUGGAACUUAUUAACCAAAAACUUUGUUUGCUGCGUACUACAGGGACUUGUCUAACAACAGCAUCGGCUGUCUCAACGUGGACAUCUUCAAGGGCCUCACCAAUCUGAUCAGACUAAACCUUUCAGGGAACAUCUUUUCCUCCUUGGCUCAGGGGACCUUUGACAGCUUGGCGUCUCUGAAGUCACUGGAGUUCCAGACACCGUUCCUGCUGUGUGACUGCAACCUGACGUGGCUGCUGCGCUGGAUCAGAGACAGGAACAUGGUGGUGAAGAACACAAAGUGCUCCUUCCCUCAGUCUCUGCAGGGCCAGCUCAUCACCUCCAUCAAGCCCGAGCUGCUCACCUGUGACGCCCCCCUGGAGCUGCCCUCCUUCCAGCUGACCCCCUCCCAGCGCCAGGUGGUGUUUCAGGGGGACAGCCUUCCCUUCCAGUGCCAGGCCUCCUUCGUGGCCGAGGACAUGCAGGUGCUGUGGUACCAGAACGGCCGCAUGGUCAAACAAGACGCCGCGCAGGGCAUCUUCAUCGAGAAGCACAUGGUGCAGAACUGCUCUCUCAUCGCCAGUGCGUUGACCAUCUCCAACAUCCAGCCGGGGUUCACUGGGAACUGGGAGUGCCGGGUCAGGACGAGCAGAGGCAAUACCACCAGGACGGUCCACAUCGUGGUGCUGGAGAGUUCUGCAGAGUACUGCGCUCCUGAACGCAUCUCCAACAACAAGGGAGAGUUCAAGUGGCCUCGCACUCUGGCGGGGAUCAGAGCGUACCUGCCCUGCAACAGACUGCCGUCGAGCGCCGGAACGUACUCGGGCAGCUCGGGUGAGGAGCAGAAAGCGUGGAGAUACUGCGACCACAAAGGGCUGUGGACGGAGGAGGACUACUCCCGCUGCCAGUUCCAGAAGGACGUCACCAGAUUUCUGUUCGUCAUCAACCAGAUGCCUCUGAAUGAGAGCAACGUGGUUGCCCGGGCUCGCCGCCUGCUCGUCUACACCGUCGAGGCCGCCAACUUCUCCGACAAGAUGGACAUCAUCUUCGUGGCGGACAUGAUCGAGAAGUUUGGCAAGUUUGUCGAGAAGUUUAAAGAUCUGGGCGAGGUGAUGAUCAGCAUGGCCUCCAACCUGAUGCUGGCUGAUGAGCGCGUGCUGUGGAUGGCUCAGCGUGAAGCCUCAGCGUGUUCUCGCAUCAUCGCCUGCCUGCAGAAGAUCGCCGUCUACCGCCUGGCCACGACACAGGCCUUCUCCCUGACCUCCCCCAACAUCGCGCUGGAGGCUCACGCUGUCAGGGCGGCAGACUGGAACGGGAUGACCUGCAUGUUGUUCCAGAGGCCGAGCCCGGAGCGCUCGCCGGGGGGGGAUCGCCAGCUCACCUUCAAAUGCAACACCACCAGCUCCUUCUCCAGCAUCCUGCACAAGAGCACCAUAGUGGAGGCCUCCCUGCAGCUUCCUCAGGCCCUCUUCACCCCCACUGCGCUCCCCGGGCACCCUGAGGACACCGUCUACAAGCUCCACCUCCUGGCCUUCCGCAACGGCAAGUUCUUCCCUUCCACCAGCAACUCCUCCCAGCUAGCUGACGGGGGGAAGAGGAGGAGUGUGGCCACCCCCGUCAUCAUGGCCAAGAUUGACGGCAUGUCCCUGCGUGUGCUGAGGUCUCCCGUGAACAUCACCCUGCGGCGGUUUGCCCGCGGCUCAGACGCCGUGUCCGCCUGCUGGAACUUCAGCCUGGUUGGGGGGCAGGGAGGGUGGCAGAGCGACGGCUGCCGCAUCCUGGAUCAUCACGACAACUUCACCACCAUAUCCUGCAACUCUCUGGGAAACUACGCACUGCUGAUGGACCUCAGCAGUGUGGAGUUUUUCUCUCCCAGCAUCCGGCCCCUGCACCCUGUCAUCUACGCCACAACCAUCAUACUCCUGAUCUGCCUGCUCACCAUUACCAUCAGCUACAUCUACCAUCACAGGUCUGUCCGUGUGAGCCGCAAGUUUUGGCACAUGCUGGUCAACCUCUGCUUCCACAUCUGCCUCACCUACGGGGUCUUUGUCGGGGGAAUAAAUCAGACGCGUUAUGCAAGCGUGUGCCAGGCAGUUGGGAUCUUGCUGCAUUACUCCACUCUGGCCACCGCUCUGUGGGUGGGGGUGACGGCACGCAACAUUUACAAACAGGUGACCCGAAAGGCCAAGCGCUACGAAGAGCUGGACGAACCUCCACCACCACCACGGCCAAUGCUGAGGUUCUACUUAAUCGGCGGAGGGAUACCCAUCAUUGUCUGUGGAAUCACUGCAGCAGCAAACAUCAAGAACUACGGCAGCCGGACCAAUGCCCAAUAUUGCUGGAUGGCCUGGGAGCCCAGUAUCGGGGCUUUUUACGGCCCUGUGGGAUUCAUCAUCUUCGUGGACUGCAUGUACUUCCUCAGCAUCCUCCUGCAGCUGCGCCGCCACCCUGAGCGCCGCUACGAGUUCAAGGAGCUGACAGACGAGCAGCAGCACCUGGUUCUAGUCCACAGCGAGGGGGGGGGCGAUGCUCCCAGCAGCCACUGCCACCCCCUCACUCUGCAACUGCAGCCAGAGGGAUCCUCCUCUGUGGGCUCCGCUCCGCACUCGGUGCCACUGUCGGCGCUGGAGAACGAGCACACCUUCGCCGCUCAGCUGAUGGGGGCGGUGGGGGCGCUGGGGCUGUACGCCGCCCUCUGGGUGUUCGGGGCCAUGGCCGUCUCGCAGGAGCACCCCUUCGACUUGGCCUUCACCUGCCUCUACGGGGUGGCUGCGCUGGCUCUGGGGGCCUUCAUGGUGGCCCAUCACUGUGUCAACAGACAGGAUAUGAGGCGCUACUGGUCCCAGGCCUGUUGCUCGGGGAGACGGGCCUACUCUGCCCAGGAGGACGUGCUCCUGCCUCAGCCGGGCGUAGCCAUGACGUCGACAGCAGGGUCAGUGAGCAAAGCAGACGGGGAGUCGACGCGGUGCGGCCAGAGCAGCGCAGACUCCUCUUACACCAAUAAAAGCGCCCCCAGCGUGCGUAACUCCGCCCACGGCAGCAAGCUGACCAAUCUGCACGCAGAGGCGGCGCAGUGUAAGACCGCCUCGGCACCGGUGACCGCCAACGGUGCAGCUGUUUUGGACAACAGCCUGACGGAACAUUCUAUAGACAAUGAAAUAAAAAUGCACGUGGCUCCGCUGGAGGUGCAGUUCCGCCCGAUGAACAUCAACAACAAUCCGGCGGCGCUUCCCAACGGACACGUGGGCAGGCAUCACAAAAACAGAGCGCGGGCGCACAGGGCCAGCCGGCUGACGGUGCUGCGGGAGUACGCCUACGACGUGCCCACCAGCGUGGAAGGCAGCGUGCAGAGCGCCAAUCACAGGCGCCACCAUCAUUACGACGUAGCGGCGCGCAACAGUCGCCGCGCGGCCUACAUGGCGUACAGGGAGCGCCACCAGAGCCAGCAGCAGCACGACAGCAGCGACAGCGCCAGCCUGCCGCGCCGCCCCCGCCACGCAGACAAGGGUGGGGGCGGCACGCUGGGGAACGGGACGGUGGUGACGGUGGAGAAGGAGCAGGUCGCUGCUGAUGCUGCUGCGGGGUCCGACGCCAGUAAAGACUCUGACCCUGUCCCGCAGCCCGACACUGAACUAGAGACACAGCCCAAAUCUUACGGGUUGAACCUCAUCACUCAGAACGGUGGAACACUCAAAGAAAACGGACAGCUUGUGCCUUUACUAACCACAGAGAGUGCAGCCAGUAUAAAGACCGGCCUGUGGAAACAUGAAACUACUGUGUAGCGACAGUUUCCGUACCCAAAGACUGCAUCGCCUUUAAACUGUGAAAUGCUUUUGUUUUUUUCUAUUGUACAUUUAUUUGAUCAAAUCAUUACUGCCACUGAACUAUCUCUGUAGAUAUGUUUUUUUUGUAAAUGGUCUAUUUUUAUAACUUUAAUCCCAACCUUGUUGUUCUAAGAGUUGUGUAAUUGAAACUGCAUACCCUUACCCCCGGGGAUUUAUUUUCCAUUUAAUAGUUUGCCCCAACAAUAAUAAAACAAAAGUGUUGUACA